AUGGGGAAGGGGGGGAACCAGGGCGAGGGCGCCACGGAGCGCGAGACGCCCAUGCCCACCUUCAGCUGGGAAGAGAUUCAGAAGCACAACCUGCGCACCGACAAGUGGCUCGUCAUUGACCGAAAGGUCUACAACAUCACUAAAUGGUCCAGUCGGCACCCGGGGGGCCACCGGGUCAUCGGGCACUACGCGGGGGAAGAUGCCACGGAUGCCUUCCGCGCCUUCCACCGCGACCUUGAUUUCGUGAGGAAGUUCAUGAAGCCCCUGCUGAUCGGCGAGCUGGCCCCGGAGGAGCCCAGCCAGGACCACGGCAAGAACUCCCAGAUCACCGAGGACUUCCAGGCCCUGAGGAAGACAGCCGAGGACAUGAACCUGUUCGAGAGUAACCACCUGUUCUUCCUCCUCCUCCUGGCCCACAUCAUUGUCAUGGAGAGCAUCGCGUGGUUCACCAUCUUUUACUUCGGCAAUGGCUGGGUUCCAACCGUCAUCACGGCCUUUGUCCUUGCUACCUCUCAGGCCCAAGCUGGAUGGCUACAGCACGACUACGGCCACCUCUCUGUGUUUAAGAAGUCCACGUGGAACCACGUCGUCCACAAGUUUAUCAUUGGCCACUUAAAGGGUGCCUCAGCCAACUGGUGGAACCACCGCCACUUCCAGCAUCACGCGAAGCCCAACAUCUUCCACAAGGAUCCCGAUGUGAACAUGCUGCAUGUGUUCGUCUUGGGUGAAUGGCAGCCCGUUGAGUACGGCAAGAAGAAGCUGAAGUACCUUCCUUACAACCACCAGCAUGAAUACUUCUUCCUGAUUGGCCCACCGCUGCUCAUCCCUCUGUAUUUCCAGUACCAGAUCAUCAUGACCAUGAUUGUUCGCAAAGACUGGGUGGACCUGGCCUGGGCCAUCAGCUACUAUGCCCGAUUCUUCAUCACUUACAUCCCUUUCUAUGGCGUCCUGGGAGCCAUCAUUUUCCUCAACUUCAUCAGGUUCCUGGAGAGUCAUUGGUUUGUGUGGGUCACACAAAUGAAUCACAUUGUCAUGGAGAUUGACCGCGAGCCCUACCGAGACUGGUUCAGCAGCCAGCUGGCAGCCACCUGCAACGUGGAGCAGUCCUUCUUCAACGACUGGUUCAGCGGGCACCUCAACUUCCAGAUCGAGCACCACCUCUUUCCCACCAUGCCCCGGCACAACUUCCACAAGGUCGCCCCCCUGGUGAAGUCUCUGUGCGCCAAGUAUGGCAUCGAGUACCAGGAGAAGCCGCUGCUGAGGGCCCUGCAGGACAUCAUCAGGUCCCUGAAGAAGUCUGGGGAGCUGUGGCUGGACGCCUACCUCCACAAAUGAAGCUGCAGCCCUUGGGGUGCCCAGGGGGAUGGGGGAGCAGGCAGGCGUGAUGGCCAAGGGAGGGGUGGGGUUUGUUCUGAGGGGUAUCCGGGAGGCUGGGGGUAUGCGUCAGCUCACAGACCUCAAUUUUGGUCUUUCUCCUGUUUUCUCUCCUUUUCCCUUCACUUCUCCCUCCAACCCCCUUCCUCAUGGGGCCCACCAUCUGUCGGCCUGGCUUCUCCCUGCCCUUCCCAGCCCCUUCUCCCAGGAGUAGAUAGAGAGGUGACCCCACCCCUCCUCCGCCCUCUGCCCCUAACAUCUGCCAGACCAGAGGUCCACAGAAGCGGCCUAUGGCUCCCCAGGCAGCCCAGCCUCCAGGCUUUGCUGCCCGCCUCUCUCCCUUAGUUACUCAGAGGUCGGUGAGGCUGGGUCCUGUCCUAUUCGGGCAAGAUGGCUCCCCGAGCCUGCAGGCCUAGCUCCACCCUUCAAUGGACACCCACAGGCCACCCCUUGGUUGGAAAGUGUCCUUCCCACCGCCAGGUCGGUACUUGGGGCCUCCCCGCAGGCGCCACUUUCUCGUCAGAUGUCCACGGCCCCAGCCCCGAUUGCAGGGUCCCUUCGCCUGCAGUGCAGCAGCUCAGAUCUUGGGGCCCAGGGAAUGUCCUCCUCGCCCCGCUGGAGCCCCCUGACCCAGGGUUUGUGCAGCUCCAUCUGACCACCUUCCGCCGUCUUCCUGACGCCAGAGCCAGUGGCCUUGGAUCCCAGGGAGCAGUCCUGUAGGUGGGUUCAGCAGAGGCAGUGCCCAGGUCAGGGGGUCAGCCGAUCGGCAGGCUCAGCCCUGGCCCGCCACCUCGUUCAGCUGUUGGUCCUGCCUGGGAGACCUAAGAUUCUGGAGCGAUCGGACCCUUCUCCAAAGUGCUCCGUUCCCUGCCAGGCAGUGCCAGCCAGUCCCUGGCCGCUGGGCCUGAGCAGUCUUGGGCCCUCGGGCUCAUCACAGCCCCUCCCCACGGUGGGGCUGCCAGUGGACGUCCUUUCUCGCUGUCUUCCGCUCUCUUGUGUCUUUUACUGUUUUUUAAUCUUUUGCUACACGAUACAAUGCGACGGGGGUGGCAGCUGGGCUGGCCCUUGUGACAAUCUGCCUUUUACCACCUGCCCCUCGCAGCCUCCCCCAGGUUCUGCAGUGGGCUGAGCUGGGCUCACUCACGGUGGCCCUGACUGUCGGGAGGGCCAGGGGGGCCGAGAGGUAGGGAGUCCCAGAGGAUGUGACCCUGAAGAGCCGGGGGAUCGGGUGGAGGGUGGGGGGACCUAAUGAGGGCCAAGUGGGAACCGGGACAAGGAGGAGUUUGGGGCUGCAGGCCAGGUGGCUGAGGGGAUUGGAAAGUGAGAGGGGAGGGAGGGGAGCAGGCCACCCUGGGAGCGGGGCAGAGUUGCCGCAUUCUGAAAUCUAACCCACUAAUCAAUAUUUAACUUCAGGGGAGGGCGGGGCAGGAAUAAACUCAGAGUGGGGGCCUUUUGGGGGAGGGCUUCUGGCCCUCCCCAGCUCUGGCCAGCCAGGAGGGACCAGCAUCUAGCGGACAGAACUUUGGGUUGCCAUGGCAACCUGGGCCCUCCAGCUGAGAACAUGACAGCAGGAGCUGCUGUCUCUCCCCAGAGGCAGGAUGGAUCCAUAGGGAACUGAUCUUAAUUUUUAUUGUGUUGCUCCCCCAUCUCUCCAUUUUUUGGAAAUAAAAGAAGUAAUUUUAUUCUCACUUCCUCCAUCA